AUGAUUAUCACCAACAGAAACGGCAAAACAAUAAACGUCAAAUUAAGAUUAAUACAAAGGACUGUAAACUUAAAACAAGAGUAGGACUUUUUCUAAUGUUUAGAAAUGGCUGUCCCAGGGAAAAAGAUGGAAAAACAUUUUUCCUUGUUAACUAUUGGCUCUGAGGAAGACAUAGUAUUGUACUGUCAGCCUUGUGACCAUGAUGGUCCUCGACUCCCUGCCCAUGGUUACUGUGUUGAAUGCAAGGAACACCUGUGUGAGACCUGCUUUACACUUCACAAGAGACAUACCCUUUCAAGGCAUCAUACUCUUCUAGAUAAAAGCAGAAUGCCACAAACCAUGUCUUCAGCCUCUGUUCAUCCAAGCCAGCCUGACAGCCUUACCAAACCUUGCCCUAAACACAUGAAAGAAAUGAUCAAGUUCUACUGCCAGAACCAUGAAGCUUUACUCUGCAGUGUAUGUGUUACUCUUGAACACACGAGUACAUCUUGCAAAGUCAACUACAUCCCUGAUAUUUCUGGCCAGGUCAUUAAUAGUAAAGAACAUCGAGAUAUCUUGAAAGCUAUGGAUACCAUUAUUGAGCAAUGUUGCAACAAAUCAAAAGAUAUGAAGAAAAUUAUAGCAAAGUCCAACAGUUCUUUGACAAAUGUACUGGCUGAUAUAAAAAAGUUUCGGAAAGAAUUAAACCAAAGACUAGAUGAAUUAGAAAGACAAGCUGAAGAUGCAGCAAAAGCUAUCCAACAAGAAAAUAACGAGAACCUGAAGACAGUAGAAACAACUUGUAAUGAUGUAACAAAGUCUCUGAAGACAUCAUCUGACACCAUUAAACACCUCAAUACACCCAAACAUGCAGACAAACUUUUCAUGGAGCUGAAAUUUGCUGAGCAAAUGAUCAAAGAUUAUGAGAAACGUGUCCACCAGUCAGCAGCGUAUGAUGUCAAGGAGUACAACUUUAUGCCAAAUAAAUCAAUAUCAACCCUACUUGACAAGGAGAGGUCAUUGGGUACAUUCAUUGAGAAAUCAUUAAAACAACCAAGUCCUCCUCCAGCUGUUGAAGUCAAAUCCAGACAAAUUUCACAUCAGGGUAAAAUCUGUGUAAAAACAUCAAAAGAUAAACACACAUGCUUUAUAACAGGAAUGACUCUCCUUACUCCUUAUCUUAUCAUCACUGACCAAAUUAACAAUGCUGUAAAAAUGGUGGAUACCCUCAGUCAAUCUGUUACUGAUCAAUUGCAACUAGAUACACAGCCAAGUAAAGUCACCUCAGUAACCAGUACAGAACUUGCUGUUACACUUCCUGAAAAACAAAAUAUUCAGUUUAUAUCAGUCUCGUCAAACAAACUCAAGAAGAAACAAACUCUGAAGGUUGAUGGACAAUGUUAUGGUAUAAGCUGCUGUAAUGGUAAACUUGUUGUGUCAUUUAAAAUGCCUGAAAAACUCCAAAUUCUUGAUAUCAAUGGUACUAUACUGACAACAGUCACAGGAGGAGAUAUUUUCAGCAGUCCACUAUAUGUUACCACUAACACUAAUUUUGUCUAUGUAUCUGGCUGGAACAUGAAAACAAUUACAAGGUUAAACUGGCAGGGUGAGGUGAUCAGUAGCUAUGGUGGUUUGACUGGGCCUGUUUAUAUAACACUGUCAGAUGAUGGUACUAUUUUUGUGUGUGACAAAAAGAGAAAUGCUAUUAUAGAAGAGAUGGCAGGUGACUGUUCUACAGGAAAAGUUGUGCUGAUGAACCUCAAUGCUCCCUAUGCUGUCUGUUGGUGUGCUGAAACAAGUAAACUGUACUUCAGUUGUAAUACUUGGGAAGACAAACAUGACAACUUUCUCCAGGUUGUCAAGCUGUCAUAACUAGAACAAAAUUCAUCAACAGUUUAACCAGUUUAUACUGUAAAAUCAUUCAUAUUCAUGCGGGACUAAAUUUUGUUGACUUUUUAUUUGAGUCAAUCCUUGACAAAAAAGAAUACUCCUAUGUUUUCUAUCUUAUAUGGGGCAUGCCUCCAGAUAAAUAUCAGAAUCUUUUCAAAAUAAACUGUAAUGGUGUAUUAACUUUCGAGUACUGUUCAAAUAGAUAAUUUAAAGUAUAUAACACAAAGCACAGAUAGAUUCCUUCUAAAUGUCAAAUGUAAAUAACUUGACUCGACAUUUUUUGAGAUUUUUCUACAAAUGUUUCUUUUGAUUAGGAGUGUUAUUGUAGAUAAAAAGUUUGUAAAUAUUAGAAAAGAAAAUAUGUUGCAUGCACUCCAGGUGGAAUAAUGACCUAAAGGUUCUUUUCUAAAUUUUCAAAGAAAAGGUUGUCAUAAAUCUAGAGGCAUGUAUCUUUAAACAUUGAAAUCAAAGAAUUUCAUGUCUCGUGCUAAAAUAGCCAUUUUUUACCCAAAUCGUGAUAUUGUAUGCCAAUAAUUGAAUUGAAUUCACAAUUCUGCAAAUACCAGAUGUAUUGUUGCUACAUACUACCGUUAUUGUAAACUGUAAGGAAAUCUCCCAGUAUUCAUGAACUGUUCACAUGUGUAAUAUCUUCAUAUGGUUAAAUGUCUGUAUAUAUGUAUAGUAUCAAAAUCAACAGAAUUCUGAACUAUCUCUGGGGUAGACAAGCUAAUAGGCUGCUAAUGAGUUUUGAGUUUAUUUUUUAUAUAUUAAUCUUUCCCAGUCAGAGAGCUUUCAUUUAUAGAUUGCUAGCUGUUGAAUAUCUGUGUACAUUCAGCAGCAGGAGAAGUUAACCAUGUAAUACCUAUGAAGGGAAGUAACUUAUCGUAAAGAAGAGUUCGUACAGCAUGAAAUGUCUCUGCUGAUGCAUUGUGCAUUGUAUGUUUGACAUACUGACCUCAUUUACCAGUCAUAUGAGACCUCUGUAUUAAAUGUAAUCUUAGACAAAAGCAUUCCCUAGUUAUGUGACAAAAAAAAUGUUCAGGGUCAAUGUGACCUUGACCCUUCACCUACUGAUCUCAAAAUCAAAAGGGGCCAUCAGCUGGUCAUGAGCAAUCGCCCUUUUAUGUUUUGUAAUCUCAAGUUAUCGUCCAGAAACCAUUUAACUGUUCCAAGUCACUAUGACCUUGACCUUUGACCUACUGAUAUCAGAAUCAAUAGGGGUCAUUUGUUUAUCAUGACCAACCUCCCUAUCAACUUCCAAGAUCCUAUGGCCAAGCUUUUCAGAAACUAAUUGGUCUAUGGAAGGACUGACAGACCUACAGUUCUAGUGACAUAAAAAUAUAAAUGAAGAGACUAUGACUGGCAAAUGUAAGAACUGUUAUUAGUCUAAAUCUGGGGUUUUAUAAUCCUUUCUUAAGUUUCUUUAUGGCAAAAAGAACAAACAAAAUUAUCCUACGGGUCGAAGUCUCUCACGAGAAGAGGACUUUGACCAUCUGUCCCUGUUUCUGAAAAUUUGGUGAACGUUCAUUUUAAUAAAAGUUAUUUAAUGUAAGUUUUUUCAGUAUUUUGGUGUGACAGCCCAAAGUAACACCAGAGUUAUGGCCCUUAGAAGUUUCUAGUGUUAACUAUAUAGGGUACUAUAAAUAUGGCAAUUUCUGCAUCAUAACUUUUGAUAUAUUUGACCUAGAACUAUGAAACUUAAACAGAAUUUAGAUCACCAUAAUGUGGUUGUGUACACAAAAUUUCGUUUGGAUUUAUUUGUAAAUUAAUAGUUAUUGCCCUUUAAUUGUAUAAAAAUCCACAUAUUCGUACAUAACAAACUAACCAUUUGGUAAAAUUUCAUUAAACUUCUUUCAUUCUUUUCCAUGAACAUUUAUUGUAAACAUGUGAAGUUGUGUACCCACACCUGGUCACCCCCUUACCUUGAUCACACCCCUCCCCCUCCCCCCGACAAAAAAAUAAUUCAUUUUAGAUUUUUUUUUCAAACAAACUUCAUAAACAUGUUCAACACUAUGAGGUUAUGGGGCCCAUCAAGUUUCAGACAGAUUGCCCAAGUAACACCAGAGUUAUGGCCAUUAGAAGUUUCUAGUGUUAACUAUAUAGGGUACUAGAUCUAUAGAUAUGGCAAUUUCUACAUCAUUUUGAUAUAUUUGACCUUGAACUAUGAAACUUUAACAGAAUUUAGAGCACUAUAAUAUGGUUGUGCACACACAAUUUUGUACAGAUUUCUUUUGUAACUUCAGAGUUAUUGCCCUUUAAUUGUCUAAAAAUCCACAUAUUUGUACAUAACAAACUUACCAUUUGGCAGAAUUUCAUUAUAUUUCUUUCAUUCUUUUCUGUGAACAUUUAUUAUAAACAUGUGAAGUUACGCACCCACACCUGG